UUCCAGCUGGAAGCCUAUAAAAGUCCUGCUGGAGCACAUCAGGCCUCACUAAGUUUUUUGUGGGGACUGAGUGGACAAUCCCGGCAGUAUGAAAGCAUUUAUCCUAGCAUUGUGCGUAGCUGUGGCUUGCGCCGAAACCAUCUACUUGCCACGACAGCAGUCAAGGGAGUAUGAAACUCGCUUUGAGGCUAAAAAGAGUUACCUGUACAAGUAUGAAACAAUCGUCCUCUCGGGUUUCCCUCAGAGCGGCAAAGAAUUCCAGGGUCACAAACUCAAUACAUUUGUCAACAUCACAUUCAUGACGGAAGGUAUCAACAAGCGAGCCUUCUUACAGCUGGUCGAACCACAACUUCUUGAAGUUAAUGGAACUGUGUUCCCCACCAACUUCACCGUCAAUGAAUCUAGCAUGUCAGAAAACCUGAAGCUGCAGCUUACCAACAGAAUUGAGUUCCACUACUCAUUGGGAAAUGUGACAGAGGUCUUUGCUCCAACCAAUGAGACAGAAUGGACCUUGAACAUCAAGAGGGGUAUCUUGAACAUUUUCAUCCUCCGCUUGGAAGAUGAUGAAGAUUCAACAGUCUUCUCCAGAUAUGAGGAAGGAAUCUCCGGUAUUUGUGAUACAAUGUACCAAAUCGAGAAGCGACGCAACAUUGACGAGAUUCUCAUGAUGAAUAUCACUAAGGUACGCGACUUCACUAACUGCACCUACACACCCACCAAGUUGGAUACUCGGGCCGAGACCAAGACUUGCAUUGCUUGCGAAGACACCAAGACAUCUUCCCUGAAAUCAAUGGCUACCUUCCACUACAACGUCACUGGUUCUCGUACCAACUUCAUCAUUGAUUCAGUAUUAGUUCACGGACUCUACGUCUUCUAUCCAUAUUCAAUUGAAGGUGGCUCAGCUAGAACUCUUGUCAACCAGAGCCUUGUGCUCGUCAAUGUCACUAAGACGACGGAUGUUGUUCCAGAGAUCACCAUUGAAAAGAAGAGCUUUGGCGGAAUCUUCCACACUUUCCCCAAGCUGAUGAAAUCAUCAUCAGCUGACAUUAUUCCAAAGGUUGAAUUCUUCCUUGAGCAACUGAAAGAGACCGUCCAGGAAUCAAUGGCCAUCGAUGCUCCUAGCCAUUUCAUCCACCUCGUCAAUGUCCUUCGUCUUGCCGACUAUGACACUCUAUUCCAGAUCUGGGAGAAGUACGAGUUAAUUGAACAGAAGAAAGAGUGGCUCCUUGAGGCUCUGCCAUUGAUCGGAACUGAAGAGGUCACCAAAUUGAUGAAGGUGAAGAUCCUUGAAGAGAACAUUAAGUUCAAGGAAGCUGAAAAGUUCUUGACUAAGCUCACCUUCACCAAGAAACCCACCGAGAUUAUGAUUGACAACGUAUUGGAUAUCUGCCGUAAUGAGAAAUGGAACCUCACUUACGAAAUGUCCCGCACUGAAAUGAUGGAAAUGAUCCGAGCCCGCCGUGCCUGCUGGCUGACCCUCGGAAACCUUGUCGGUGAAUUCUGCAACGAGAAGCGUUACUGCCCAACAAAGUAUGUUGUUGCUUUCAGCCGCUGCGAGGACAUCUACACCGACAUCGUUGAUCCAACUGAAUUUGAUGUUUUUGAGACUCUCAGCCAGAAAAUUAUUUCCGUCAAUGGUAAAUUGAAGAUUGACAGCACCUACGAUGAUGCCACUGUGAAGCGCGUCAAAGAAAUCCGAGAGACAGAGGUCAAACUAAUGUGCAUUAACUCCAUGGGAAAUGCCGGUCUUCGUGAUCAUGUCUUUGAAUUGACCAAGAUUGUUGAGGACCCCAAAAACAGAUUGGGAAUCCGUGUUGCAGCCGUCCACGCUAUGCGCAAAAUUGCUCCAAAAGAGCCAAAGAAGGUUCUGUCCUCCUUACUUCCAAUCAUGCGAGAUCCAUUCUCUGAUGAGGAACUCCGCAUCAUCUGUUACCUGGUUGCCAUGGAGUGCCAGCCACGCCCAACACUCCUGGUCUCAUUUGCUGAGAACCUGAAGAAUGAGACCAGCAAACAGUUCCGUACGUUCGUCUCCUCCCAUCUCAUGAAUCUUGCCAAGAGUGAAGACCCAUGCAAGAAGAAAUUGAUCAAAGCAGCUAAGUAUGCCAUUGAGACGACCAAGUUGUACAAUGAUGGACCAUUCUACUCCAAAAACCGUCAAAUUAGUGUAUUCAAUGAUGAUUUCCAAGCUGGUGGUACCAUAGAGAUGAACACAAUUUUCACCCCUGGCAACUUGCUCCCACGCUCAGCCAACACCAAGCUUAACCUCAACAUCCUUGGAAAGUCAUUAGAUGUUUUUGAAUUUGGCUACCGUGCAGAGGGACUCACCAAUGUUCUGGAGAAGAUGUUUGCACCAGAAGGAUUCUGGUACAAGAGGACCAACCUCAUGAACUUCUUGAAGAGAUCCACCCGCAGCAUCACUGGAGAAUCUCUAGAGGAAAUGAUUAAACAAAAGGUAAAACCAUUCACCAGUGAGCCAGAACCGUCCCAGGGAUACACCUGGUUCAAGAUCUUUGGACAGGAAAUGAGCUAUGAAGCAUUCAACAAGGAGUUCUUCAAAUCCAUCUUGACCGAGGGUAAGAUCAGAACUAACUUCAAGGAUCUUGAGACCCAACUGCGUGAACCACAGACCUUCAACUGGAACAAGGGAAUGCUUCUGCUUGACUACCAACGACAAGUACCUACAAUCUGCGGUAUGCCACUGUCUCUCAACAUCACCAUGGCAUCCAUCGUAACCCUUGAGGGUGAGGUCAUGAUGAGGGUGACACCAUUCAUGCUCAGCAAGAACCCAACUGACAUCGCCAGCAACAUCAAAAUCAAGCCAAGAAUGGCCUUGAAUGUAGUCAGCAAGAUGGGAAUUGACUGUACCCUUAUCAAGACAGGUGUUGCAAUGAACACCACCAUGAACUUCACCCUGCCCGUCGAGUCUGAGGUUGUCUACAGCUUUGGACAGAAGAAGCUCCGACUUGAUAUUGAGAACCAGAAGAAUGACUACUUCAAUGUCUUCAGCCUUAAUCACACAUUGUACACAUUCACCAGCAAAAUGGAUUGCCCAUGUGACAACUUUACCAUCAUCAAUGGAUCCUUCACCAACAACAUCACAAAUACAUCCUCAUGCUUCCAAGCAUUCAACGGCAGUACUCAGUUAUGCUCGAAUAUGACCUACGUGCCACGCCUGGGUGUCCGCAAGGCUCCAUUCCGCCCAUUGGUCGGAUCAUCAUCUUGGAAUAUCUACGCCAUGCGUGGUGUGAACAGCUCUGAACGCAUCAUCUUUGAGUACAGCACACCAACCACCACAACCAACAUAACCAACCGUUUAUUGACUGUACGUACUUUUGGAGGAUAUUCACCAGAAACUCUAUUUACUUUGAACUUCACCCUCGACAAACCUGAGGAAAAAUUCAACCUGACCAUCAGACGCUCUGACGUUCCUGAUUGGUUCUGCAACAUCACAUGCAAGGUUAUGGCUAUAAACAGGUCAGAGGUUAACUUCACAAUGGAAUGGGGUCUGCCCAAGAAUUAUUCUUACAACAUCACCGACGGAAAGAUCUUGUACCCUACCCGUGAAUUCUUUGUCAUGGUAAACAGCGUUCGCAACAUAACCUUCAGGAACAGAACAUUCGAGAUCACCUGGGCUGAAGUUCCACAGUGGCUACAGAACUUUACUAGUGAUGUACGAAUGAAGCUUCCAGUGAUAUUGAACAACAUGUGGCUGAUUGAAGACCUGGACAUCACUCGCAUCCCUAAACUGUCCACUAGUAACCACACCAUUAACAUUACUCUGCAAGCUAAGAAAGAACGCACUAUUGACAUCAUUAUGGACCUUCCACUCCAACGCGUCCAGAUCUUCAACAUGACACUGCCAACCAGGAGCGACAUCAUUCAGAAGAGAGUGCCAUUAGUCCUGAAGCAAUUCAAGAGAGAAGUCACAGACAAAUUCUUCCGCCCCACAUGUACCCUGAACAACUUCAACAAUUUCACCACAUUCGAUGGCGUCAACUACCGCUACAGGAUGCCUGUCACCUGCCCUCACAUCUUGGCCAGAGAUUGCUCGCCAGAGCAACGCUUCACCGUUCUGCUCCAGAACCGUACGAUGGCUGACAACACCGUUAAGAAGGUAGUGACCAUUCGAGUUGGUGAUCACCAGAUCUUGCUGGACUCUCACUUAAACAAGACCAUUAAGAUCGAGGUUGACGGAGAGAACUUGUGGAUCAACUCCUAUAACUUAACACAGAACUUCACCUUCGCAACCUUUAGGAUCAAUGUUAGCCGCACCGAGGUGAACGUAACAACCCCCAUCGGUUUGACUGUCAUCUUCAACACCGAAAAUGUCACAACCGUCCUCACUCCAUGGUACUACAACCAAACAUGUGGUAUGUGCGGUGACUUCAACGGCGAAACUGCUUAUGAGUAUGUUACUCCAGAAAAUCAAAUAACUUCAAACAGUACUAAAUUUGCCAUGAGCUGGUUGGUUCCAGGUGACGGCAAUACUGCUGGAUCUUGCAACCUCAUCAAGAAAUACGUCUACCCACUCCCAGACCAAGUUUACAUGGGCAAGAAACAAGCUGUCUGCUUAAGCACCGAGCCUGUAUUCACCUGCCCAGAAGACUGUGUCCCAGCUUUCUUGCUUGACACAACUACAAGAGUUUCUAAAUCUGUUGGGUUCAACUGCUUUGAGACGAAGAACAGGGAAGAAGACAUUGCUAAGUACACAAAGAAGGGCAAGUCACUCUACAAUAAGAGAGUCACCCUUGAAAAGGAGGUCUCCAUCCCAGACUACUGCAUCUGCUCCACAACUUACAACCCCAAAAGACGUUAUUAAAUUAGAGCGCCCUCAACGAUCCUACUUGAAAACUUUUUUUUGAAACCAUAAUUCGCCCAAUGUAAAUAAAAUGCAGACCAGUUCCAAUUGGUAUGCUGCAACUGGAAUCGUAACUUCCUGAUUAUUUUAGAAGUAAGGAAAAUAUUCCCAUAAAACUGCUAGUUUCCAUUUACAUUCCGUGUUUAUCUAUUAUAGGCUGAAGUUUAACAAGAUGCUAGUUAUUGCAGGAAUUGAUGUGAAGAUUUCCUUUCAAUUCUUGUGUUUUACUUCUUAAAAUAUACUAACAUUCAACUUUAGAAUAUAUUGUAGAUAAUGAAAAGUGAAUAAAUAUAUUGAUCAGGAA